GUUGGGGGUUGUUGUUGCAUCGAACAACGGGUAACACAGGUAUUCAAAGCUAAACAUAGGCUAUGGUUUGGUACUCUAAGUCAAUAUAAAAACCCAAAUUAUAACAAUCUUAUUGACUCCACCUCCACCUAAUCAUGGCGCAGCCUCUCUUCACUCCCUUCACUCCUCCCAUUCCCUCCCUCAACCUCCAACCACGCCGUUUCGUUUCCCGCCCAAUUCCUCUCCUCUCUCACACCACCACCGCCAUUUCCGCCGCUAACCUCGCCGUUUCGCCCAAUGCACCUACCUCCCUUCGCUCCCUCACCGAGGAUUACGAAACGCGGUGGCAGCUGAUUGAGUCGCUAAUCGGCGGCGUCGAUUUAUCGGAGGAGGAAUCCGAGGCGUGUCUCGACUUGCUGCUGAACGAGGCCAACGAGGCGUUGAUUAGCGCCGUUCUCGUGCUUCUCAGAGCCAAGGGAGAGACUUAUGAAGAAGUUGUGGGGUUGGCGAGGGCGAUGCUCAAGCAUGCGACGAAGGUUGAGGGUUUGGUCGAUGUGGUUGACAUUGUGGGAACCGGAGGGGACGGUGCCAACACGGUUAAUAUUUCAACCGGGGCUUCGAUUCUCGCGGCGGCGUGCGGUGCCAAAGUUGCCAAGCAAGGGAACCGUUCCAGUUCUUCUGCGUGUGGAAGUGCUGACGUGUUAGAAGCAUUGGGAGUGGUUAUUGACUUGGGUCCUCAGGGGGUAAAGAAGUGUGUGAAUGAAGCUGGAAUUGGGUUUAUGAUGUCUCCAAAGUAUCACCAGGCAAUGAAGAUUGUUAGGCCCGUAAGAAAGAAGCUAAAGAUAAAAACUGUAUUCAAUAUAUUGGGUCCAAUGUUGAAUCCAGCACAGGCACCUUAUGCGGUUGUUGGAGUAUACACUGAGGACUUGGUCUUCAAAAUGGCUAAAGCACUCAAUAGAUUUGGCAUGAAAAGAGCUUUAGUUGUCCACUCUGAAGGUUUGGAUGAAAUGAGUCCUCUUGGACCUGGUUUAGUGCUUGAUGUUACUCCAGACAGGAUUGAUAAGUUCUCAUUUGAUCCCUUGGAGUUUGGCAUUCCUCGGUGUAAUAUUGAAAACUUAAAAGGUGGUGGCCCAGAAUACAAUGCAGAGGUUCUGAAGCGUGUUCUAGGUGGAGAGAGAGGGCCUAUUGCAGAUGCUUUAAUUCUCAAUGCAGCAGCAGCUCUCUUGGUCAGUGGCCGUGUAAGGAACCUAGCUGAAGGGGUAUCUGUGGCGCGCGAAACACAACAAUCAGGAAAGUCUCUCAAAACUCUCAACCAGUGGAAGGAUAUCUCAAAUAAAUUCAAAGAUGAUGUGGGCAUGGAUGCCUGAAUCGUUUAUGUAACUCAGGUUUGAGUUUUGUAAACUUGAUUCAAACAGGAGGAGGAGGAGCACGGAAGGCCUCAUACAAUACAUGUAUUAUUGAAGAAAUGUACAAAAAUAAUGUAAUGUAAUACCAGUUGUAAAAGUAUAAAUCCUUCCGUACUGUGCAAAAAGGUUUUAGAAUAGGAAAGAAGGGUCAGAUAUUGUUUCGAACUUUGAAGUUAAAAAAUGUGAAAUAGGAAAUAGAUUUUUUUUUUAUUUGAAAAAUAAAGAGCCAUGAGAUUUGAUGUUAGAUUUCAUGGACAAGACGUGAUGCUAAUAAAAUGCUUGUUUGGUGACGCAUCCGAAUCCUAAAUUCUUGUGUCCAGGUCGAAGUUCCUUGUUGAAGCUUUCACGUCUUAAACAAUAUGAGCAUGAUUUUACUGCCUUCACAAUAUGUUUCCAGACACACUGAAAGCAGACUGAAGCAAACAACUAUUGCCUUGAUCUAGUGAUAGGAACUGUUGCAAAGUUGCUUAGCCCAACCCAACUUCAGCAACACAAAGGCCCAAAAGAUCCAAGAAACAGCCCAGUUGGCUAAGAGAUAUUGAAUAAGUUCUGUAGCCCAAAUCCUUUAGGAUGAGCUGUUUCUUUUAUUACCGGUAGAAUGUAGGGCUCCACUGCCCUUCUUGCUGUAUUUAAAGGACUUCAGUCCUAUUUGAAUAUCAUAGAGAAAUAUUACCAGUAAUUCUUA